CAGUCGUAAAUGGGUUCUUAAGCAGAUGGCUUUCCGCGACUUACCAUUGAUAAAGAUGAAACUGACGUCCUAGUAAAAUACAAGGAAUGACCACUCAGUGUGUUCAGGUCCGCCUUGAAUUAGGCCACAGGGCAGCUAUUCGCAAGCAGCCAACACCAGAGGGCUUUACACAUGACUGGGAGGUUUUUGUCCGAGGUCCACAAGGAAACAACAUCCAGCAUUUUAUUGAGAAAGUUGUGUUCCAUCUGCACGACAGUUUUCCCAAGCCAAAAAGAGUCUCAAAAGAACCACCUUAUCAGGUUGGGGAGAGUGGAUAUGCUGGUUUUGAAAUGCCAAUAGAGAUUUAUUUCAAGAACAAGGAAGAGCCAAAGAAAAUUCGCUUUAUGUAUGAUUUAUUCCUGCACUUGGACGGUUGUCCACCUGUCAAUCAUGUACGCUGUGAAAAACUCACCUUCAAGAAUCCAACGGAGGAGUUUAGACGCAAGCUGAUAAAAGGGGGUGGAGUUGGUAUACCUAGUACAGAUGAUGACCAGCACUACCAUGUUCCUAGUCCUGUCCCUAGUCCUGUAUCCCCUCCUGCACCACAAGUACAGCCAGCUGCUAUGAAGGUGUCCUCCCACAGAGGAUCUACUGACAGCAUGAGGAGUAAGGCAGAGAAGAAGAAAAAAGAAAGAGAUAAAGACAAAGCAAAAGAAAAGGAGUCUAAAGAGAAAUCCCCAAAUGAUUUGAACAAGCAAGCAGAUCCUAUGCCAAAGUCUCAACCAACACACUCAGAUUCAUUUGCUGCCCUGUUUGGUACACCAAUCACCACAGACUCUAUCAGUGCCAAGAAAAAGUCAGAUAGUAAAGACAGAUCAACCACUCCUUCUAAAAACCAAACUACCAACAACAGAGAACCAGACCCUUCCAAAGAUAAAAGGAAGAGUAACUCAGAAGUUAAAGAAGAGAAAACUGCAGUGAAACGUCCUGUCAGCUCUACUCCUGAAGAUCAAAAUGAUCCAAAAAAGAAAAAGAAAGAAGAGAAAGGAAAGGAAAAAAGUAGAGAGAAAAGCAAACCAAAGUUUGACAAGAAAAAGGGAGAAGAGAAGAUUAAAGAAAAAAAGAAAAAAGAAAAGACAAAAGACAAAAAAGAAAAGGAUAAACAUGCAGAAAAACAAAACACAAAACACGAUGGUGCUAAGCAUUCUAGCAGAGAGAGGCCUGAACAUUCCACUCCUAAGAAACAAGAGGACUCUCCUUCAGUAAAGUCUACUCUGAGCAGGAGUUCCAGCUCCAGCUCUCUCUCCCUGAGCUCCACUGUGAACAGUUUAAGCAGUGGUAGUAAUGUUAUCUCAGCAGUAACAAGACUAACAGCUGAACAAAUAGAAAAGGAGGAGGAGGAAGAAGAAAGAGCUGUAAAUGACCUCCUAUCAGACUCAGCUUCUUCCCUUUCAUCUUCAGAAUUAUUUGAUAGUCAGAAAAAGUUUUCAAGUCCUUCACCAAGUAUUGAACAAAAAAGUAGCAAAGAAGAAUCAAAGGAGCAGAAAGGAAAAGAUAAGGAAAAGGUUGAUAAAAAGGAAAAGAAAAAGAAGAAAGAAAAAGAUAAGAGGAAAGACAAAGAGAAGAAAAAAGACAAAGAAAAACAGAAAGAAGGAAGAAAAGAGAAAAAGAAGAGUAAAAAGGACAAGAAGCAGAUGGUGCAGGAACUUGAAAGUUUAAAGCAUGAAAAGGUACCAACACAUGAAAGAGAAAAAUGUAUGAAAAGUGAAUCGGAUAUGGAAAACCACGAAGACACCAAAGUAUGUGAUCCCUCAAACACUGUGUGUGAAAAUGGGAAGUCACCUGCCAAUGGAGAGAACCUGGCAAGUUUGUUGGAAUUAAGAACAAAACUUGAGAACAUGGAUAAUCUUGAAGUAUUUGAAAAGGUGGUGAAUCUCAUAGAAGAAACUCAUCAGUAUGAAAUAACCAAUAAUUUUAUGGAUUUUGACUUGUGUGCCAUGGACAAAGUGACUGUUGACAAACUAAGACAGUAUGUGGCAGAAUUGCAAUAAUUUCUUUUUCAGUUUUUAAAUCAGGGAAAUAAUCUAUUCAGAGCUUUUUUACACAACUUCUAUACUUACUUAUUAAUGUGGUGCUAGUCAGUUAUAUAUAAAAGCCAUAUAUAACAGAGGCAUUGUUAUUUAUAUUAUGGAUAAUUUUACUGAUAAGUAGAAUUUUUUUCUGGUCUAAAAUCCAUAUACCAGCUGGAUAAAAAACAUCUUCAAAUUUUAAUUUCUCUUAACCAUAAUCAAAAUUUACUACUUCAUGGCAUUGUUUAUUGCUUGUCAAAGUUAAAUGCAGAUCUUUUUUUUAUGUCUGUUUGGCAUUAAAAAGGUGAAAUUCAAAAACAUGAUGGUGUAAUUUAAUGUUUUGCAGUUUCUAUGCCUUCACAUAUAAACCAAGAGAUAGAUUAGGGAGUAUGUUUUUGUCAGGCCAGGGCAACCUCUCAUACCCUUAGGCCACAUAGGGACAUUUUGAAUUAUUAUUGUUAUAUUUUUAUUUUUAAUUAA